GUUUCUUAGUGAUGAUGCUAGAGCCAUGCUUUUGAUUCAAGGAUUAAAGUUACCUGAUUACCUUUUACCAACUUAUUAUGACGCUGAUGUUGAAAUGAAUGAACAAUGGUACUUGGAGGUUCUUGAACCACUUCAAAUCAUUGAUGAAACCAUUGUUAACUUCAAAAUUACACCAUCAAACACUUGGCAUAAUUUAGCACGACAUAAUUAUAAUGCAUCAUCUUUUAACAUCACCAUACCAUCAGCAAGUAAUGAAACAGGGUCAUCAAAAAUAUCACAAUACAGAACUGAAGAAAAACAAAAAAUAAAAGCAGCAUGGUGUCCAACAUUGAGUAUCGAAUUUUUCAAGAUUUUUUUAACAGCGGGAAUAAAACUUGAUUUAUUGGAUCUUCAAUUUCAACAAUGUUAUAGUAUGAAGAAUGUAGAUUAUCUUGGAGUUAUACCAAGGUUACCUAACGCCAAAAUUUGUUUAUCAAAUCUUGUAGAAUUCAUGCCUAAAGGAGUUGAUGAUGAAACAUAUCAAGAAUAUUAUUCCAAAAUUUGUAAAAAAAUAAAAAAAUUAAAACUUCAAGAUUUGAAUACUGGUAACCUUGGAGCAAUUUCAUUAAUAACAUCACAAUUUUCCUUGGAACAUAUAGUAAUUUCCAAUUAUUCAUCAUAUAUGGCUGGAAAUGCUAUUCAUAAAAUAUUCGCAGCUUUGGAGUCUCAAGCACCUCAUUUGAAAUCGAUAAUUAUAAAAAAUUCAUUUAUUCAAGAUAAUCAUGUACCAUCAAAAGUAUUUUGUUGGCCGGAAUUAGAAGAGUUGAGGAUUGAAAAUAGUGAUCAAAAUUUGGUAAAAAUGCCACUUGGUGUGGGACCAUUUCCAAAAUUAAAAAAGAUUUUUAUUGGUCAACAAUUUAUUCCAGUAGAUCUUGAACAGUUACUUAAAAAUACAUUAAAACAAGAUGAAAAUAAUAAUGAAGAUAAUAACGAAAAUAAGGGGGGAUCUAAUGAUGAAGGAUAUGUAUAUGAAUCACCAUUAACACAUAUUAAUUUAAAUAUUCAAAUUCAUUCAGUAGAAUUAUCCACAAUUUUACGAACCAUAGCCACAUUUUGUAGUCAAAAUUUAAUUCAUUUUGAAUCGACCAUUGAUUUUCACUCGAUCCCAUUACUUUUUAAUCUUUUAAAAUCAUGUCCAAAAUUAGAAACACUUUCUAUAUGGAACCCAUUUUUUAAUCAAUAUACAGAUGAUGAUUAUCGUAUGUUGGUUAAUUACUUUCCAAAAACGUUAAAAACGUUUAUUAUUACAAUGUAUAAAGAUAUUUCUUAUUCGAGCUUAAAAAUUUUGUUAAAAGAAAUGUCGGUAAAACUUGAUGUAUUGGAUUUUGGAAGUUGUAAGAAGCUUGAUCCCAAAACCGUUGAAAUCAUUGGCGAAUGUGCAAAAGAAAAUUUAUUGAAUAUGCCAAGAAAAAUAAUAUUUAAUAAGAAUAAUUUCGAAUUUUGGUGCCUUGAAUUUCAAGAAAAAUUUUUGGAAUUACAAUCUAUGGGUGUUAGGUUGUGUGAAUAUCAUGAUGAUGCGAGAAGUGAGAAUGAGAUUUAUUUUAUUUGUGAUUAA